AUGUGUUUCUUUUCCUUAGAACCAACACAGAUAUACAGAUUCCUCCGUACCCGGAAUCUAAUAGCACCAAUAUUUUUGCACAGAACUCUCACUUACAUGUCCCACAGGAACUCCCGAACAAAUAUCAAAAGGAAAACGUUCAAAGUAGAUGACAUGUUAUCAAAAGUAGAGAAAAUGAAGGGAGAACAAGAAUCUCACAGCUUGUCUGCUCAUUUGCAACUCACAUUUACUGGGUUCUUCCAUAAAAACGAUAAGCCAUCCCAAAACUCAGAGAAUGAACAAAACUCUGUGACCCUGGAAGUUCUGCUGGUCAAGGUUUGCCACAAGAAGCGAAAGGAUGUGAGCUGUCCGAUAAGACAGGUCCCCACAGGUAAAAAGCAGGUGCCUUUAAACCCAGACCUCAGCCAAAUCAAACCAGGCAACUUCCCAUCACUUGCAGUGUCCAGCAAUGAGUUUGAGCCAAGCAACAGCCACAUGGUGAAGUCUUACUCACUGUUAUUCAGAGUCACUCGCCCAGGAAGAAGAGAGUUCAAUGGACUGAUCAAUGGCGAAACUAACGAGAACAUUGAUGUCAAUGAGGAGCUUCCAGCUAGGAGAAAAAGAAACUCUUCAAAUCGUGAGGAUGGGGAAAAGACGUUUGUGGCACAAAUGACUGUAUUUGAUAAAAACAGGCGCCUGCAGCUCCUGGAUGGGGAGUAUGAGGUGGCCAUGCAGGAGAUGGAAGAGUGUCCCAUUAGCAAGAAAAGAGCCACGUGGGAAACAAUACUUGAUGGGAAGAGGUUGCCUCCAUUCGAAACGUUUUCUCAGGGACCUACACUUCAGUUUACUCUUCGUUGGACAGGAGACACAAAUGAUAAGUCUACAGCUCCUAUAGCUAAGCCUCUUGCGACGAGGAAUUCUGAAAGUCUCCCCCAAGAGAACAAGACCAAUUCUGUGAAACCCACUCAGACUAUAGCUGUGAAAGAGUCCUUGCCAGCAGAUCUUCAGACAAGGAAAGAGAGAGAUGUGCUAAAUGAACCUAGACAGAAGUUGAGAAUAUUUUACCAGUUCCUUUACAACAACAACACGCGGCAGCAGACGGAGGCCCGCGACGACCUGCACUGCCCCUGGUGCACUCUGAACUGCCGCAAGCUCUACAGCUUGCUCAAGCACCUGAAGCUUUGCCACAGCAGAUUUAUCUUCAAUUACGUGUACCACCCCAAAGGGGCUCGGAUAGACGUGUCCAUCAACGAGUGCUACGAUGGCUCCUACGCAGGGAACCCCCAGGACAUCCACCGCCAGCCUGGCUUCGCCUUCAGCCGCAACGGGCCGGUCAAGAGGACUCCCAUCACACACAUCCUCGUGUGCAGGCCGAAGCGCACGAAAGCGAGUAUGUCUGAGUUCCUGGAGUCUGAGGAUGGAGAGGUGGAGCAGCAGAGGACGUACAGCAGUGGGCACAACAGGCUGUACUUCCACAGCGACACGUGCCUGCCCCUCCGGCCCCAGGAGAUGGAGGUGGACAGUGAGGACGAGAAGGACCCGGAAUGGCUGAGGGAGAAAACCAUCACUCAAAUUGAAGAAUUUUCUGAUGUUAACGAGGGAGAGAAAGAAGUGAUGAAAUUGUGGAACCUUCAUGUUAUGAAGCACGGGUUUAUUGCUGACAAUCAGAUGAAUCAUGCCUGUAUGCUCUUCGUUGAGAACUAUGGACAAAAAAUCAUUAAGAAGAACUUGUGUCGAAACUUUAUGCUCCACCUGGUCAGCAUGCAUGACUUUAACCUCAUCAGCAUCAUGUCCAUAGACAAAGCUGUGGCCAGGCUCCGGGAGAUGCAGCAGAAGCUGGAGAAAGGAGAAUCAGCCUCCCCAACAGAGGAGGAACCUGCUGAGGAGCAGAGUGGGACAACAAAUGGGUACAGUGAAAAUAGCGUGAGGGUUUCGGAAGUCGACGGCGUCUCAGGUGUCACCAAACAGAGCAAGAAGCAGAAGCUCUGAAGUCACAGUCAGUUGUCAUUCAAUGGACAUUCUAGGGUGCAUGAGCUCUAUAAAGAAUCACACACAAACAUACAGAGGUUCCAAACAGGCACUGCUGGAUGGAAAUAAAUGAUUUCAACAAGGAUAUUGUUUUAACAGGGUUUUUAUUCAGUUACUUAUGCAAGUACUACAUGUAUAUUGGUUUUGGUGAUGUAAUGACAAUAUUCUAAGAGUUUGAGCAUGAAGAGCAAUAUGAAAAUCUCUUUUGUAAUUUUAGUAAUUAGUGUCUUAAGAACUUAAUGGAAUUUACAUAAGUAUAUGUAAACCCGUUUUUAUAUUAAGAGUUUUGCAUCUGUAUCUGGCUGUUUUUUCCUACCAUGAAGUUGUGAAAC